AUGAUGCCUGGAAGAAUUGGUCAUAUGCCGAUUGCAGCUGAGAAUCCCUUAGGUCUGUCAUGGCACGACUCGGCCUGGAUUCCAUCGUUAAAUCCAUCUAAUAUUAUGGAUUAUUUUUCGGAAAGGUCUAAUCCUUUCUUUGACCGCACAUGCAAUAAUGAAGUUGUUAAAAUGCAACGACUCAGUAUGGAUCAGUUACAAAACAUGACGGGAUUGGAAUAUAUAUUACUUCAUGUGCAAGAGCCAAUUUUAUAUGUUAUAAGAAAACAACACAGACAUAGCCCUGUUCAAACAAUACCUCUUGCUGAUUACUAUAUAAUUGCAGGAAUAGUUUAUCAAGCUCCUGACUUAGCAAGUGUUUUAAAUUCAAGAUUACUAUCUGCCGUCCAUCACCUCCAAUGUUCAUUUGAAGAAACAAUGGCAUAUUCAAAAUAUCACCCUAGUAAAGGAUAUUGGUGGGAUUUCAAAGCCAAUAAAUCAGGUCCUUUCAACAUUGGACAAUCUGCUCCUAAAGAAGUUGCAAAUACACCAAAAGAAGAACCUUCCACAUUGUUUCAACGGCAAAGAGUAGAUAUGUUAUUGGCUGAAUUAGUAAGACAAUUUCCUCUACCUGUUACACAAGCUGCUGCAAAUCAAAAUGGGGUCACAGUAAAAACUGAAAAUACUAGUGAAAAAAGCUCAGACAAAACAGCAGAUGGAAAUUUAAAUAAUAUAACUAUCAAACAGGAGCCCAUAGAUUCCAUGACUCCUGAAAUGACUAAUGGUAAUAUGCCACACAUGGAAAUAAAAACAGAAAUUAAGCAAGAAAAUAUGAAACCUCCUCCUGAAAAGAAACCAAGAGUAUUA